ACUGAACGAGGCAGUAGGCCCCUGCGCUUCAGUGCGAGAGGACGGCGCGCGCGCAUUUCGAUUUUUAAAAAAAUCUAGGUCGCGCUCAUGUGAUAGUUCACAUUUCUCCUGUUUAUGAGAAAAAGUGUUCAGUGACCGCACAGUUUUCAUUCGUAAAGGGGUUCUCACAUACAAUCUACAAUUCUCCUUAUACGCAUGUGUGAUUAUAGAGAUCUCGAGUGCCAAAAAGUGGCGGAUUUAUCUAUAUGGGCUAUGUGAUAUACAAGUGUGUUACCGUAUUCGAGAGGCUUUUGUAAUCGUCCAAACGGAUACAGUCCGCAGACGUUUCUGAGAAGUGUUGAAUUGAUUUUGUGAAUGAGUCAGCUAACAGGCGUCGGGAUUGUUAGCUUCGUCAACGUGCUGCCCACGAUCUCAGAAGGCGUGACAAUGAGGGAAAAAAGGGGAGGCGCUAUGAGCAAAAUGCAAAAGCUCAGAAAGCGCCUGUCCCUUAGCUUCGGUAGAUUAUCAACAAAAGACGAGUCGGAAGCGGACGGCGAGUGCCGCGGCAGACAGAACGGCGGCGGCGGCGCGCGCGGCAAGCUGCCGUACAACGGGUACUCGGAGGAGUGCCUCGACCGGCUGGAGCCCAACGGAAACAUACCCAACGACAAGGACUCCCAUUAUGAAUGGAGUGGGGGAGGCGGCAACGGCGAAUACCGUGUGCGGAGACAGUUGUCAGUGUCCUCAGACUCAAAGCUCCUAGACGAGGGCGCGAGGGAAGACGCCAGGGUCAUCAUGAGGCCAAAGCGGCCGCCCAGGCCCAAGUCCGAGGCAUUUCUAGGCCCACACGACCACUCUAGCAGACGAACGAAACGAUUUAGUGCCUUUGGGGGAGACUCACCGUUCGGGAAGUCGGAGGCGUACAUUAAACUGGAGCAGUUGGGAGAGGGCUCCUACGCUACUGUGUAUAAAGGUUAUAGCAAUUUAACGCAACAAGUGGUGGCUUUAAAAGAGAUCAGACUGCAAGAAGAGGAGGGCGCACCUUUCACCGCGAUACGGGAGGCGUCGCUGCUCAAAGAGCUCAAACACGCGAACAUAGUCACGCUGCACGACAUAGUGCACACAAGGGAGACCCUAACAUUUGUGUUCGAAUAUGUGGACACGGACCUAUCACAAUACAUGGAGAGGCACCCCGGGGGGCUGAACCGACACAACGUAAGACUGUACAUGUUUCAACUUCUCCGAGGACUCGCCUACUGCCAUCGGAGAAGAGUUUUACACAGGGACGUAAAACCACAGAAUUUAUUAAUAAGCACGCACGGUGAACUGAAACUAGCGGACUUCGGGCUCGCGCGAGCGAAGUCUGUUCCUAGCCACACGUACUCGCACGAGGUCGUCACACUAUGGUACAGGCCGCCAGAUGUCCUCCUGGGCAGCACAGAGUACUCCACGUCGCUGGACAUGUGGGGCGUGGGCUGCAUAUUCGUGGAGAUGCUCUGCGGCGUGCCUACCUUCCCCGGUGUACGGGACACCAAUGACCAGCUAGAUAAGAUAUUUAAGGUGGUGGGCACGCCGACGGAGGAGAGCUGGAUCGGCGUGUCGCGGCUGCCGGGGCUGCGCGCGCACGUGGCGCGCUGGGGGGCGUGCCCCGCGCGCCCGCUGGCCGCCGCCUUCCCGCGCCUGCGCGACGCGGGCCGGGACGCGCAGCGCCUGGCCGCCUCGCUGCUGCAGCCCGACCCCUCGCGCCGCCUGGCCGCGCCGCGCGCGCUCGCGCACGAGUACUUCGCCUCGCUGCCGGCGCGCCUCCACCACCUGCCCGACGAGGUGUCGAUCUUCACGGUGGAGGGCGUGUGCCUGCACCCCGAAGACUAAGGCGGCCGCGGUUAUGUUCAUUUGUUCCUCCCGCUGCGGUGCGUUCGUUAGUUAGUACCUUUCAAUUCCUAUAGUCGUAACUACGGUCGGAACGGGUCAGUUUCGACGGACCAAACCCCCUUAGCUAAACUACACGGGCAUCGCCUAUGACGGCCUGACGGUUCUGGCAUAAUUCUGACCAGUGGCGGAUUUACCAGUAGGCUGAGAUGGCUGGGGCCUAGGGCGGCAAAUUUGGCGCAAAAUAUUUUGACUUACAGAAAUAAAGAAAAUCAUCUCUAACUAAUAUUCUAGCACUGUACGUCUACGAAGUGUACAUAUAGUAAACUACUAAAAUUUGCGUGACACUUUAUCAUCUGUACUGAACUGUUCUAACCUGAAUACUCUCGUCUGUCGUCUAUAAAUGGGAGUUGGGUGGCGUAUUUCAGAGGUCAGUAGGAGGGAAAAAUUUAACAGCUUCUGGCGGCAAGUUUGUAAAUCCGCCACUGCUUGUGACACGAAACGCGCGUUGCGACUAAUUCAUUCUGAAAUUUAAUUUCGUUGAAAUAUAACUGUUUUUAGUUCAUCACGGAGAGUACUGAGAGACAUGGUUAACAAUCGUAACAUGUUUGACAAAUGUGCUUGUCUAACUUGACUUGGUCAAUCACAAACGCUUCACACAAAGGCACGUUUGAUUUGCUAAAAGCUUGAUCGUUAACGGGUUCCUUAAGAUUUGAAUUGUCGCAACGACACGUGAUGUUGCUACGACGGGUUAUGAGUAUACUUAGGUGAUAACUAAUCACUUCUUCGGCGUGGCUCCUUCUAAUUUGGACUUUGAGGUUAGAUAUAUGAAUCCACGUGUGUUAGUGAUAUUGUAAUACUUAUAAGUCAAUCUAUGGCGGAAAGACCGUUUGGAUUUAGAUGGUGAAAUGAUGGAUUAAGGUUCGUUUCGUAAAGGAAUGCUUCUUCAGUUUCAAACAUUGCUAUCUAUACAAUUGUUUUCUGUCGAACGAUUGUCUAUUACCAAUACAUCUAAAGCCAAACAAAACUGAGUUGUCUGCUGCCUUCACAAACGUUUUCAAUAAUCUGUCUACCUGUAUCAUUAUGUUGGCAACUCCUCAAUGUUGCCAGCACUCGAGUGUCGUUAACAUCUCAGUGUUGCCAACAUGUCCACGCUUCGAAGUCCACAUUAGAACUGCGUCGAAGUAGUGCGGGCCUUCAACUUCUCUCCAUCCGUCGAUCGCUUCGACUCUACGUUAGCGCUUGUUAAGCUUCUAAUAUUAUCCAUCCAUAUAAUUCAAUUAUUCUAUGGUGACAAGGUAUACUGAUUAGGUAUCGUUGUGUACCGUUAAUUUGUAUAAAUAUAUAUAUAUAUAUAUUAAACAGAGCAGUGUGCCAUGUAUGUCUACGAAUAUAACUGAGAGUAUGAGUUAUUUUAAAUGGAGAUUUUUACGCUGGAUAUAUGCUCAUAAUUUUGGUAAAAAUUUUGAAGAUGUUUAUUUAUAUUUACUAUGGGAUAUUGUGAGCUAUGAUGCGGUCUUAUGACGUACCCUCUUUUUAGUCGACGCCGAGCUUUAUUGUUUAUGUUGGGGUUUUCAUUAGGAGUGUCCUAUUUUGGUGUCUGAACAAAGGAAGCUUGCCCAUUCGAAGGUCGUAAAACGUCCUUUGUAAAAAAUUCCAUUUGAUAUUAUUUCCAGUUUCUUUCAAAAAUUUAAAUAAGUACUUACUACUAUAAUUUGCAACCUUUUAAUAUACCCAAAGUGUAUUAUUUCUUAAUUGAGUAAAAUAUGUCACUUUUAAUCACUUUUCAGCGUUCACUACACACGCAAUGUGCUACAGUCACAAAUGUAAAUCAUUUAUACAUACCAACGUUGUUGUAUUCUUCGGUAAUUACUCGUAAAAUGUAAUUUGUGCGUUCAAAAGUCACCGAAAAUGGGACACUUUUACUGAACACUUGUCGAACAAAAAAUACAUCACAUUAAAUUUGCACGCUGUUGGAGCUUUAAUAUAAUUAAUUUUGCUUUCGUUUAAGCUGGUCGCAUAUUACUACACCACACGAGUUGAGCGAAACAUUUUGUAUUAUAAAACGAGAGCUGUGAUCGCCAGACUUUCUGAAGCUGAAUGUUUGUCAGAACGUUCCUAGCAGAAGUUAGUACGGAAGGAAAAUAUGUAGUUUGGACUAUAUGAUUCUUUGGCAGGUUUUAAAGGUCUAGAAACUAAACUAGCUAAACUAACCCUAAACUACCGUAAGUACUAAGCGUAUUUUGUUAUAUUUUUCUCGGUAUAAUGAAUAAUCAUGUCACGAAUUAACACUCACUUAACUUCGUGGCAGUGCUUCGAAAAAGCCUAUUAAAGGUCAAACUUUUGGCAAGAGCUUAGUGUUUGAGAAAAAUAUAAAAAAUGCAUUUUUUUUAAUACUGGCACAAUUGCGGGUCCAAAAUCCUUGCUGAAACCUCCCAAAACCACGGAUCACACUUCAUUAAUGCCGUACUGUACUUCUCUAUGGUAGGAGCCUGCCCUGACUAACUUUCAGCUUUUAUAAUAUGACGAUGAAAUUCUAUAUCAAAUCAAGCUCUGAUGUAAUGUGCGAUCAACAUUAUUAUGCACAUUGGUACGGUGCUAACAGUAACUUUAUGGUGGAUUAUAUUUGUAAAGAUAGAGACAUACUUAGUUAAUCGUCUAACGAAAUAGAGCAGUUUGACCUAAUUGAGAACGUCCGAAUUGGAGUGAUCAAAUCGCGCUAUCGCUCAAUAAUCUGAUUGGUCUAUAAUUCCUGCUGUUUCAGCUUAAUUCAAACCGUAUUCGUUAAUAUUUUGCUGAAUUAGAAUGUGAAUAUGCCUCAAUAACUCCUUUAUUAAGAGGAGUCAAUUUCUAAAUUGUAUGAUCUCAUUCUUAACACCUAUUUUAAAAAGUUGACAUGGCGUGAUUUAAUGUCUCUAUCUUUACUUCUUGCACGCGUUUUUAACUUUAUUUUCAUAGCAAACGAAGGACCGUUUACAAUUUACAUCAAACAACACAAAUUCAACAGGGACUUCAACAGAAUAUUAAUUUAAAACAACAAGAUCUCAAGUUUAUUAAGUGUGGGACCGUCCUUUUGUAAAGUAAUAACGUGAUAGGUUCGAUUAUAGAAAAUAUACUUAAUAAAUAAAUAAAUAUUAAUUAAAUCUGUACCAUGAAUGUAGAUGGGUAAGCUAGGUUUACUAGCUGAUUUAGUGAAUUUACCAGUUUAGCGAAAUUUUUAGGAUCUGGGGAUAUUGGAUAAUUGAAACGAUAGGUUUCAGAGCGAGAGAACGGUUGAGCAAUAGUUUAGCAGAAUUUAUUACAAGCACUUGACCGUUACCUUGUUAGGGCAUAAAGGGGAAAGUCCACUUCGAAUUAAGCUAAGUCCGAAACUUACUAAGACAGAGUACGAGUUCAAAAUGUCUUAUGGUACUGUAAAACAAAACAUACAAGAGAGCAAUCCACACAGGCAUAUCCCAAUGUUUAAAGGAACAGUUUUGAAGAAAGAUUUUGCUUAAGCCACCCUUACUGGAGAAACAUGAUGGCUAAAAGCUUCAAAUAAAAGGACUGGCCCUGCAGCGGCCUAUUAAAAUAGUAUAAUGACGAAUGAAUGAAAAUGGAUAGAACAUAUUUCAAAGUUUUCUCAAAUAUCAUUUGUAGGAUUGUGCAUGCAGCGGUAAGAAUAGCACCGUCAUUUUGACAGCUAUAUUUUCUUUAUAUAUCUAAAUGUUAGCACAAUCCUCACUUUUAAGUAACGAAUUAUUUGAACAUUUAGCCACCGAAUGAUGUAGUUGAUUUUUUCAUGUAGAUAUAUGUAUGUUUUUAUUCCCAGAUUUUGUUAUCUUUCGUUGCUUAACUUCAGAAGUGUUCAAGUCAAGAGAACUAUUCGUAAUUCCGGAUAAGCUCUAUCAAGGCUAGUAGGCUUAGUUUCGUUUGUAAUGGACAUUUCCCACAGAGCCUCAAGCUUACAUUAGUGUAAAGAAAUGAAACAGGAAAUCCGGCUCUGUUUAGUGGUCCCUCACGUCGUUAGGGUUAGGGGUGCAAUUAAAUUAGACGCCGGCACAUUGGCAACUUGAGAACGUUUAACACAAUAAUGAAUAGUUUAAGGUUAAUUCGUGAAAUGAAUAGAUAUUAAGCUAGCAAACGAACACCAAUUUGUGCCAAUAAAUAUUAGGUAUUCUGUGUCCGAAGUGUAGUCACUGCUCUGGCAAUAUUGUAAGUCUGUCAGCUUAGUGGUGUAUUCAAACAUAUCAACAAUUGAGGUCCUUCAGUGUUGUCAGGGGUGACGAAAAAAAGUCCCUCGAAGAAAAAAUUCAAUAGUACUUGAUUGUAAAUCUACAUGAGUCUGUAUAUACAAUCCUGACUUCUCUAACUUCAAAGAAUAGUCAAACAAAGAUCUCGCUUUACCCCAUCUCCUCCUAAAAUUAUUAUUUUUAGGGCUAUGUCACAAAAAUAUUACUGUCCAUAUAUUUUGGGGGUGAUAUUUCAAACAGACAGUUUUGUCUUAAUAUUGUCACAAACAUAACAGUGUACUUUGCUUUUAAUCGCUCAAAAUCGUUACCCACAUCGGAAUUGAAACUUCAAAAGUUAUGUAGGUACCUCACAUCUCUUUGAAAUUACGAAAGCAUUCCACAAUUGCCAUUAAAGUUGCUAUGCAAAAUUGUGUCCACCGAAAGCUAACAAGCCGAAUCGCAAUGCAGCUGUACGAAACAAAGACGAGCUAAUAUUUGUGUUGCCUAACCUUUUUGUGCUUGUGUUCUAGUAUUUUAUUAAGCUCGAACACAAAAAGUACUGCAUUGGCAGUGCGACGAUAUUACGUACGGCAAACUUAUAUCCUGCGCAUAUGUUCUAAAGUAUUGCCGUGCCAGAUUGAGUUUACACUCUCAAUAGAACUUAUUAAAUAUUUUUGGAAGACAAUAUCACAUCCAAAGUUUAUAUUCACAGAGAAUUGAAGAUGGUCGCAGUCCAACUAAGAGUUCUUGAAAUAUUUAAUAUAAGUUUCUGAAGGACAUUUCGCAAAGACAAUGCGACGACUCGACGAGAUUUUCUCAUUUCAUUCGCAGGGAAUAUAAAAUGAACGAAGCAAUAAAACGGUGAUUUGAAAGCGUUUUGAUGGGUUUACAAUGUUGCUUCGCUUAGUGAAUAGGAUAAAAACUUCAUUGUUAUACAAGUGGUUGGAAUUACUAUAUGAAACUCGACUGAGUUGAGAGCAAAAUUUAUUCAGUAGGAAAAGCUUCCAUUUUACUAGAGUAGUCUGUCGACGCAAUUCUAACGUUUGGUUUUUACCCUGACUGGGCAUCAGGGCCUAGACAAUGUUACGUCGGGGCACGGAGGAAUAACUUCUUUAAAUUGUAUGAAUUUCAUUGCAUCCGGGACUUUAUUAUUUCCAAGCACAUUGUGAUAUACGCAGAUUACUUUAGUAUCAUAAUUUUUCACGCUUCUGAAUCACUUUAUGCUUACACUAACUAAUAACACCAUGGUAUCCAAGAAAUUAGAUAUUUUGAAUGCGAUAUGUUUGAAUAGACCCAUAGUGACAAGAUUUUGAAUUUUUAUUUUCAGUAAUAUUGCGAAGCUUUUGUUAUAUAAAUAGUUAAGGAAGGGUUUUGUUAAAAUUCAAAUACAUCUGGAGAGUAGGGUUGAUAACGAUGAUAUUCGUAUGCUUUCAAAAAGACUUCAAAGAAUAAUAAUGUAUUUUUCACCACUUUACUUAAAAAUACAUAGCUUUAACUUAUUUUCUAGUUUUGGCUUCGGCAUUACAAAUUAUUCAGUCACAUUUUAUUUACUUCUAGACACUAUAUUAAGACUUAUUAAAAAUAGUAGUUGAACACGAAUUCGUAUAAGAAAUGUCGAUCAUAGUUAGUUUGAUAAAGUGUACCUAAUAAACAUUCAACUAAAUAAAUACUUCUGAAACAAAGUUCACAGUAGUGAGCUGAGCCUUAUUCGUAUAAAUCGUAUGCUAUUCACUGCCAUAUUCACAGAAGGUACGACAAGUGAACAUCUAGCUAGGCGAAAAAAAAUUGAUUGCACACUGUCGCAAGUUUCAAAUAAAUGCCCUUGACCAUAGCAGCGUUUGCAAACUUGUGCUGCGACAGUCAUACAUUUUUUGUUACUGAAAAUACAUGCGGCAAUGUGCUAUCAUUCUUAUAGUGUUGAGUUGUCAGUGUGCGCGGACACUAGCAUAUAAUUAGUGUAGUGUAGUGAAUACAGAGCUUUAGGAAAGUUCAUAUUGAACGGGAAACGGCAUUCAACUCAUUCGAGCACGAAAUUUCAGACUUCCUCCACAUUUCCAAUAUCCUUUAAAAUAAUCACGAGCUUUCAUUCUGAGAACUUUCUAGGAAUAAGAAAAUGUGAUGAACUUUAUGUUAUCGUUUGGUCUUUAAAUAACUCAAAUCUAAUUUUGUUUUAUAUUUUUAUUAUAUUAAGGUAAACUGAAGUACGCUUUCCACAAUGUCGUUAAUAUUAAAGAGGUCCGUUUUUUUGGAGUUUUUCAUUACUUUUUUAUUACUUAUUAUUGUUUGUACAACAAACGAACUUUGUGGUAAAUAUUUUGCUCCAUCAUUUCACGGAUGAGUAUGUUUGCACUGAAGCGAUGGUGAAUAAAACAAUAAAACUUCGCAAUGACGUCAUAAUUUUACGUCAUCUUCCCAUAACAUCGGUAACUUACGACAUUUGUGAUUCCCUGUUAAUACUCUUUUUUCUAAACUGGGUGUAAUCUUUUCAAAAUUGGGCGCUUUAUCUUAGGCUGCAUAAUUCGGGGAAGUUACGUGAACGAAAUCGUAACUGUAAAUCGCUUGUCGAAUGCCGUUUCCCGUUCUCCCCGCUUAGUUAAACCUAAUUCGGCUCCGAACACCAAAUUAGCGAGUAAAUUGUAUAGAGAAACGCAAUACUUUCUGUGUAAAUGAUUUGUUGAGUUUUUUCUAUGUGUGUAAAUUAGCUAUGGAGAUCACCCGUUGAGUGAGGCACUGGCAUUUGUGAUGUAAGACCGAGUCUCUUUUGGAAGUUUUUAAAUUUCAUCACAUUUGUUGCGAGUUUUCGAAAAUAUGGAGGCGUCAAAUGAAUUAAAAGAAAAACAUUCGAUUGUGAUUUGUUUAAUUGAAAACUUUCAAUAAAGACUCUGAAGCCCUAGUGUAAAUGUUCAAGCUACCGGAAUUUAGGCUAAUUUGUCAAAUUAUGGAGCUUGCAAUAUAUUGUUUGGCGACACCAAUGUUGAAUAAUGUGCGCUAUACACGAACGCUUGGAAAACUUACACUAGGGGCCGUGUAAUAUAGGCUGUAUAUUGUUGAAAAUGGAGCAUUUAGCUGAAUGGUGAAAUAUGUUGCAAUGCAAUGAGGACUAAUUUGAUGCUAAUGGAGUGUGCAUUGUCAACUGCUAUUGGUUGAAAUUAACGGGCGUUUCGCUUAUUCAUUAACGACCAUCGUGAUUGCUAUUCCUGACGCGGUCCAAUUUGGAAAUUUAAACUUUUGAAUUGGGGUAACCACAGUUCUAAUGCUAGAUGCACACGAUUAAGUUCACAGUAGGGUCUGCAUCGCGCUUAUGGGAUGUUCGUAGUGAAAAAAUCGAUAUUUUGUUUUUUUUUUUAAUUUUAAAUUUGAUUAUUUUUUUGAUUUCACGGAUAUACUUGGCUUGAGUUAACUUAAGCGUGUGUGGCUGGCAUUAUAUUGAUAUUUAUGUUAUCGAUGUAUUAAAAUCACAUAUACGAUAUUAGUUAUCAUAAAAAAAAAGUUAAAUUGUGAAAGCAUCAAUUUAGUCCUCAUAUAUUUUUUACACUUGUUUCGGAUUGACGAACAUUAAUGUUUUCUGUUAAGUAGCCGGUUCCUAUAUUAUAUUAUAAUGAUAUAUUUAGUUAAGAUAUCUAAUAAAUAAUAAUAAUUAUUAUAGUCACACAUUAUUACGAACUGUUUUUACAAUUUUGUAAAAAAAUAAGUGAAGAAGACUAUUUUAUGAUGUCUUUGUUACGGGAACUGGGCAAAAUAAAUAUUUUUCUUUAAAUUAUGAUUUUUUUUUCUUUUUGUUAAACUUAAUAGAUGGAAACUGCAGUGUCCUUAAUCGAUUAUUUUACGCAUUUUUAUAUUAACAGACAUGCAAAAGCUAAGGUUUCAUAAUUUGUUAAAAUUUUCUUUUGCCUAAAUAGUUUUCAUCACAACACAUUACGUUAAUAAUAAUUGACUUUGGACACAGAGAUUCCAUCAAAUUAAAUCGGUCUUAUAAAUAUUUAUAUGAUGAUAUGAAAGAUGAUACAGUAAACGUACAUACAUAAUUUGAAAUUGAAAAAAAAAUACCAAUUAUUUUUUUAAUGUACUACUAUAUAAUAUUAUCAUUCUUUGAAUGAUAAUAUUAAUUUACUGUAUUUGAGAUUGCAGUCCCGGCAACCACAAAACUUGCAAAGACCUGCAAAGCGCGAUCUAAAAUUGCUGUAUGCUAUUUUUAUGGGGAGAAACAAAAUGCUGAAUUACGUAGGACCUUUUUUUAAGGUUAUGCUACACAUCGUAGGGUGUUUUCUAACGGGCGUUUUUAAUAACCUACCCAAGCUUACGGAUAGAUAGCUUCGAUUAUCAGUAACAGUCAAACUAUCUGUCAGUAGGUUAUUGAAAAGCAGAUAAGAAUAGAAAGAUAGAUUUUCUUAACUUUAGUAAGCGAAAUGGUGGAUAGAUAGGUUAUUGAAAACGACUGUUAGUGAUUCUGCUAUUGGUAGCAUUUUGUUGAGUGCUCUAGUAGUAAUUCGGAAUAUCGUGUGUAUUUUUUUUUCUUUUUUAUCAACACGACCUCAUUAAUAGGUACUUGGAAUCGCAGACUUGGCACUCUAUAUGUAAAUAUUUUAUUCAUAAGACCGAACGGGCUCAAUAUAAUCAAUGAGAAACAAGUGUAAUCGUUAUAAAAUGGCGAUACUGUGUCGCGUUAAAUGUAUUUUGCAUUUGUUUAUUGAAGAACUGAUGUUACGAUUUGGUUGGUAGGUGAAAAUUGUGUAUAUAGUCUUAUUAGUUUACUUUGUUUAGUCUAUCCGAGUCUUUGUUUAGUCUCUCCGAGUCCUGUACAAGUUGCCAUUGCUGUUUUGUGUUAAUAUAUAUUUUUUUCUAUUUCUGUGACUUGGACGUUUUGAUGAAACGAUGAUUAAGUGUUCUUCAAUACAUUUUUUCACCCUACUUUUUAUUAUAAUAUUACAUCACAAUAUAACUAAAAAUCGCUAAUCAUUACUUGUUUUAUGAAGUUUAAAAUACAAAUAUGAAACGAAUUGCCAGCGAUUUAUGGUUUACGAUUUUUUUUAAAGCAUCGUUUUAUCGAAAUGUUAUGUGAAGCUGUCUUUAUAUUUAAGUUUUAUAAAUUAUAAAUUAACAAUACUGUUGUGUUGUUAUUGUGUUAAUUUUGUUUUAUACAAAAAAAAGUAUUAAAAUCCGAGUGUUUCAAAUAAGAAAUUUUUAGUCUUAAGUUCUUGGCAAUAAAGUUUAAAUAUAUUGACAGUUCACCAAGUUCGACGCAUUAAUGGGAAUUGUAUAUGAGAUUUAAUUUAAUUAUAAUCAUGUAGGAUAUUUACAAUUUUUAUUAUCUUGAUUUUCGAUGUAUUGAAGACUCGUCGGCCAAUAAGUUCAUUAUGAUUUUUUUUUUAUUAUUGUAAACAACGUGCUUCUAUUCAUUUGAAAGAAUGUAAAUACGAUAUUUGAACUGAUAAUAAUAAAAUUUUUAUUUCUUAAUGAAAA